AUGAAAAAGAUCACUUGGAGAGUGAGUGUGUUGUUCUGCUUCUUCUUGUCUUUGGUGCUUGCCAGGGCCUCCACUAGCAAUGAAGGAUUCGCUAAAGAACUUGAGGUUGACAAGCUUUUGAAGAAGCUGAAUAAACCAGCUGUUAAGUCUAUUCAGAGCCCUGAUGGUGAUGUAAUCAACUGCGUGCACAUUUUAAAUCAACCAGUUUUUGAUAAUCCAAAACUAAAAAAUCACAAAAUUCAGAUGAGGCCAACAUUUCAUCCAAAAAGAAGCAAUUUUUCAUCAAACCCAAUUGCUCAAAUGUGGCAUCAAAGUGGAAGUUGUCCAGAAGGAACCGUUCCUAUAAGAAGAACAACAAAAGACGACAUACUGAAGGCAGAUUCUUUUGAACAAUUUAGUGUAAGAAGAUCAUUGUACUCUACAAAUGACCACGAGUACGCCCCAGUUAAUGUGUCAGGAGAUAGAUAUUAUGGAGCCAAGGCAUCUAUAAAUAUUUGGAAGCCACGUGUUCAACAAUCCAAUGAAUUUAGUCUCUCUCAAAUCUGGAUUAUGAAUCAAGCUGUUCCUAAUUAUGUUGAGUCCAUCGAAGCAGGUUGGCAGAGGGACUCAUAUCGAACUUUAUGUUAUAACCUUGAUUGCCAGCCUGGCUUUGUUCAAGUUGAUAACUCAAUAGUAAUGAGAAGCAGCCUACAACCAUCUGUCUAUGGUGGUUCUCAAAAUGUAUUAUCCAUCCUUAUCAGGAAGGAUCCAAAAACUGGAAACUGGUGGAUGCAAGUUGGGAAUACAUCUGUAGGAUACUGGCCAGCUUCUUUGUUCAAUCGCAUAAAUACUGCUGGUGCAACCCAUGUAGGGUGGGGCGGUGAAAUAGUAAACCUGAGAUCCAAUGGGCAACACACCACAACAGGCAUGGGAAGUGGCUACUUCCCUCAAGAAGGUUAUGGCAAGGCUAGCUUUUUCAAGGAGCUUUCUAUUGUUGAUGCAAAUAAUAAUCUUGUCUCUCCUAAAUACCUUAACACUUACGUUUCCAAUCCCUAUUGCUACACUGUUUCCCCUUAUCGCUCUUCUAAUGAUUGGGGUGUCUACUUCUUCUAUGGCGGUCCUGGGAGAAACCAAUAUUGUCGUUAG